CUUAAAAAAAGAACAAAAUAAAAAUGGAAUUAAAUGAAAAUAUAUUUGAUGAGCAAAAAGACACAAGAGACUGGCUGAGUUGAGUGAAAUAUAAAUGAUGUGCAAUGCGAGGAAGAAUAAUGAAGAAUCUGUGUUAAUAUUGUCAUGAACAAUCUGUUACAAUUUUAGUGAUUUAGGGGAGGAUUUUUGGUUGUGAGUUGCUCUGUUAUCCACCAAGUUACUGUCAAAAAGUGUAUUUUGUCAUAUUUUCCACAUCCUUCUGGCCUCGGGCUCUAAUUAAUUAAAGUGUCAACGAGAAGAAAUUGUCUGGAUAGUAAGAGAGGAGAAGCGUGAAAAUUGGUCGGAAGUUCGCAGGGAAAGCGAAGAAUGCACUUGACAGGAAACACAACGACAACAAGUGCUUCCACCGCAAAUGGAGCCACGGCUACGAGUGCCGCUGGCGGGGGAGCCGGUGCCACAUCUUCACCUGCCGAAGGUGGCACCUCCACUCCAUCGGCCGCCAGUCUCCUCAAUGACGCCUACACCAAAAUGACCAGUGACAUCCUGGCAGAGAGGACACUCGGAGACUUCUUGUCUGAGCAUCCGGGCGAACUCAUUCGCACCGGUAGUCCUCUCUUUGUCUGCACAGUCCUUCCGCCCCAUUGGAGGAGCAAUAAGACCCUCCCGGUGGCCUUCAAGGUAGUGGCUCUGGGAGACAUUGGCGAUGGCACGAUGGUGACUGUGAGGGCAGGAAAUGAUGAGAACUACUGUGCAGAGCUGAGGAACAGCACGGCCGUGAUGAAGAAUCAAGUGGCCAAAUUCAAUGAUCUUCGCUUCGUGGGACGAAGUGGAAGAGGAAAAAGUUUCACCCUCACAAUAACAGUUUCAACGAGUCCACCUCAAGUGGCCACCUACAACAAGGCCAUCAAAGUGACUGUGGAUGGACCUAGAGAACCCCGAUCAAAGACAAGGCAACAACAGCAGUUCCACUUUGCCUUCGGACAACGGCCCUUUCACUUUCCAACGGAUCCUCUCUCUGGUUUCCGGAUGCCACCCAUUGGGAAUUGUCAAAGUGAUCUGGGUACUGCAAAUUCUCAUUGGGGUUACGGAACAACGGGCCCGUAUUCACCCUACCUAACAGGAAGCACCCUGACGAGCUGUACAACCCCCACAGCUGCCCAAUUCAACAAUCCAGCCCUGGGAUUCACCUGCUCAACAGCUGACCAGAACACCUCGCAAGACUUCUCCGGCGGCAAUCGAGACUGCGUCCCAAUGCUUCCGGAUUCCACAGCAACGGAUUUGGAUCAGCAUCUGAGCAACUUGGUGGGUACACCGCCGACACCACAAAUGACCACGACACACCAGAGUCUGCUAGGCGGAAGUGGUGGUGGUACUCAGACACCCGGAAAUGCCUCAAAUGGUCUCCUAGUUCCUCGAUAUCAUGGCAACAGCUCCAACAAUGACUAUCACGUGCACUCCAGCCAAAAUGGUCCACGGAGUCUCAGUGAUUCGUCACAGGCAGAAUCCCCAGUUCAGGAUGACCUCCUGACCUCCAAUACGCCCAAUAUUGGCACAGCCGGGGCCACAAGUGGUGCCAAUGGUGCCAAUGGAGGUGGAGGCAAUCAGAAUUUCUCAGGGAUUGUAGUGAAUCAGUCCCAGAAUUCCUACGGGACGUCCACGGGAGGUUGCAAUGGCUCAAUCUACCCAGUUCUACCGGCCAGUUUGCUCUAUUCCCAACUCUAUACGGCCGCCAAUCAGACCCACUCCUUCCACACACACUCCCUCCAGACCCAUACCCAGAAUCCUGGCGUUGGGGAGCUGCAGACCGUGAUGGAUCAUAUAACGACUAGUGGAGGAUCUACUGGGGCUAGGCAUCACCACCAUCAGACUCUGAUGCCAGGAGCUACGCAUGCAGCUGAGCUGACGCUGGUGGGGACUUGUGGGGGCGCUGUGAGGGGAGGGGAGGAUGCGGUUGUGAGUGUAAGGGGAGUCGGGAUGGGACAGCGAGGGGCUCAGCCUCAGGGAGCUGGUGCUGGGCAAACUGACAAUGGGAAUUCGGUUUGGAGACCAUACUGAGGCCAACUACCUAAUGGGGAAGUCCCUUCAGGGACGGGGAAUCCGGGAAAUAGAAUGGGAAUCGCGUGAACGAACAAUUUACAGUCUGACCAAGGAUAAAUUGCAGUGCAUAGAAAAGGAUUAAUGUAAGUCAUUUUAAAAAUUAUUUCUUGUUCAACAUUUCAAAUCAGAAACAGAGGGAAAGAGAGAAAAAAUAAGCAGUAGUGGAUAUUCUUUGCAAAAACGAGGUUAUGUUGAAAAGUGAGGUUAUGUUGGGUCCUUUGCUAAAAAUACGUAUUAUCAAAGGAAAGUCUCUGAAGUUUUGCGCACGAAAUUAAGUUUAGCGCUUACUUCUUUAAGAGUCGUCUGAGAGGGAUUCCACUCAAAGUAAGGUUAUGUUAAUUCUAACCUUAAAAUCUGAAUUUUUCACGUGACAUAAAUCGUAAAAGCUUCCGAACGAAAUUCUACCAGCUGUGUUUAACGGCGUUAUCACACUUGCACAUUAAAAUUUUAAUGUGAUUCACAUUAAUUGUCGCUUGUGAGCGUCCAAAUAUGUUAUUUGUGUCUUUAAGUCACUUAAAAUUUGGGGUUUUUCUAUUUAUUUAUUAUACUUAAAAUAUUAUACUUAUUUAUUAAAGUAUAAAUAUUUUUCACAUUAAAAAAUUAAAGAGAAAAUCGCGUUAAUUUUUCGCAUUAAUGCUAUAAAUCAAUUUAUAUCAAAUUUUGCGGGUCAAUUCUACCUUUUUAUCAACAAAUAGAUCUAAUUUUGAAUAUAAAAUGAUUCAAACACACAAAUUAUACAUUUGGACUUUUACCAGCGACAAUUAAUGUGAAUCAUAUGAAAAUUUUAAUGUGCAAGUGUGAUAACACAAUAAUGUUAUGUUUCUUUUUAAUUAUUUAUUGCAACCAGGGGGAAGUAGGACACAUUUGAAUUGGGGCACCUAUAAAAUAAGGUAUUUAUCCUAUUUUUAAAUAAAACUGAACCUGAUCGUCAGAUAAUUUAGAUCCAGAAAGCUAUUCCGAAGAUAAAUUGCAUGACAAGUCCCAGUUUCAAUUAAAAAAAAAGGGAGAAAAAACUCAAUUUUAAAGAAGCCCCAAUUCAAGGGUGCCCCAUUUCUCCCUAAACCGAAAAACUAUUAAUUUUCAAGGUUUCUUGAUUUCACUGGAUUUUAACCUAAGGAAUCUAACCAUAGCAUCUUUCUUAAUUAUGUAAUUGACGAUUGAAAGUAUUAGACGUCAUUCUCUUAAUUGAUCAUGCAUUUUUGUUUUAAAAGUUUGAGGUUAUGUUGCAAAUAACCUCAAAAAUUCAAAUCAAAUUUUGUGGAGUUAAAUCUUCAAUUUUUCUGCCCAGGUGAACCUUACCUGAAUUAACUUAUAUAACUUACCCAUUACAAAAAAAAAAUAUAUAUAUAUAUAAAAGUCUUUUAAAUAAAUAAAAAUAUAACCAUAAAAUCAAGAGAGCGUCAUCUAAAUCAUCUAAAAAAAAUUCUAAUCGUUUUGUUUUUUUUUUUUAAAUUAAGAAGAAGAAUUCGUAGAUUUCAGAAUUAUUUGAGAAAUCAUAAACGUCACUCUGGAGUCCGAAAUUUCGAAAUUAAGAAAUAGUUUUUCUAGGUUAUGUGAUACUUAACCUGAAAUUUUCGAAUAAAAAAAACAAAACCAGCCUUAUUGAAUUAAAAAAGAAAAACUAUUUUUUUCUAAUGCUAUAAUUUGGAGGACUAUUUCUUAUCGCAAAACGCAUUAAUGUAAAGAAUAAGUAAUUUUUUUAAAUUAUUUAAAAAAUGUUUUAAGGUUUGAAUCGAAUGAACUUCUUUUUAUUUUAAAAUUGUUCUAAUACCGACUUUUAAAGCCAACUGAAGAAAUCAGAAUUUCACUUUUAUAAAAUAUUUUCAGGUUAAAAUUUGAACUUUUCCGUAUUUUGAAGACAAUUAGCAUGUUUUUUUAUUUAUCCAAUAAAAAAUUAUUUAUUAUAUUUACAGUUUACAGGGAAUUUCGGCUUAAGUGAAAACGAAUUGAAAGAAAUUGUUUUAAAUUGCCUGCUAUUGGGAGCUCCUUUAUAAAGUAAUUUUUGAAAUUCCUCUAAAUGUAUACAAAUAUUUUUUUCUCGCGGUACAUUUGAAAUGCAUUUCUUACGAACCAUUGGCGCUGAAAAUUGGUCAAAAAUGUUUUGCAUAUAAUUGGAUGAGGAAAAUGGCGUGAUAUGUAUAGAUAGGGGACUCUUCGGUGAUGGCAAGUAGAUUUGAAGUCACU